UGUGCCCAAAUAAAGUGUAUCUCAUGUCAUUACUGACUUAUUUAAGCUAAAGGCAUAUUAUUUUAUACAGUUCGUUUUCUCUGUCCCAUUAUGUUCACUUCAGAUUUGUUCAGGUUUUAUGUGAGUCUAUUUUUUAUUGUGAUUUUGAUCUUUUGUACUGUGUUCUUCAAACCACGUUCUAACUAUUUUGGGGUUAUACAAAUACAGUUUAUUAUUAGACUCGCAGUAAUAUCUGAUUGUAACCGAAACACCGACACGCUUUUUAUAUGUAGUCACGUAAGAGUAAAAUGUAUUUCAUGGAAAAUGCAAAUGAAGGCACGUGCUGUCGUUCGUGGAUGAAAAUUGAUGGUUUUGCGACAGUACUGGCAAGUGUCGCAAACGUGUGGGAGGCUUUGAGCUGCUCGUUACGUAGAGGCUGCCGCCUACACUGACCUGGAUAUCUGUGGCCGAGGAAGGCUCUGCCGACCUCGUUUCAUAUCAGUGCUUUAGGACUGCGGCACAGCGCGCGGACCUGUUUGCAGCUGCAGGGCCCUCGUGCUGAAGGCUUUGAACAGCAGCGGUGUGUCCGCGAGGACGGACUGUUAGCAGCCUAAUGGGCAGGAUCGAGAACAAGGCCGGGCUGAGGACAGUUAUCGUGUCAUGUCUGUGUGUCUCUGAUCACGCCGCGUGUCCGACUCGCUACUGCGUGGAACAGGGUCUCUGUGUCGUGCACCUCCGUUUACUCCGACAUCAGUAUUUACUUCUCUGAAGCAAGGAAGUGGAGCUGGCGGAACUCGGAGAACGUGAGACCGGAAGUUGUGUGACUUGACCGCCAUAAUAAAAGCCCUAAGAAGUUUUGUGUACACUUAUAAAUGGCUUCUGGGGUUAAACAGAUGAGUACAACUGGAACAAAACUACAGCCAACUUGUCAUUUGUAAAAUAACGUUUCGUCCUUUGCCAGUGCCGUGUAUCCCGAAUGAUCUAUCCACGUUGGUCGGCUUUAUUUUGGAGUGUGCGAGCGGAAGUCGCCCUUGGCUCUGCGUGCGCUGACACUGGUAGGAAGUGGGAUGUGGCCAGGAUGUAUUUAUGCUGCUGUCCGAGAUGUGAGAGUCAGUAAAUCAGCUCUGCCUUUAGAGCCCGUGUUCCCCGGCGCUCACAGCGGGGGUACGCUCACUGACGCUGCCCGUCAGCGUGGUUCGUGUCAGGGGUUGAAGCAGCGGCCGCAGCCGCUGUGCUGUCCCCGCCUGGACGACACCGUGCCCGGGAACAGUUUGUUGAAUUUGCGCGUGGCUGUAGCCUGAGCUUUACGUAAUGACAGCAUGUGAAUGACACGUUUGGCUUGUGACUUUCUUGCCCAGCACUGCACAUCCACGGUUUUAAACACAUGUCAAGAACUCAGCCUCAGAUGAUGAUGGAGUCCUCUGUCGCGCUCGGCAGGCUGGAGCUGGCCCACAGCUCCUCCGCGGGUGGGGUGACCUCUCGGCUCCCCGGAGGCGCACCCCCUAAAGAAAAGCCCGGCCAGCCACCCUCAGGGCUCCAGAGCCAGGCUCACCUGAACGGCUGCGUCCCGCUGUCACAUCAGGUGGCGGGUCACAAGUAUGGAGUGGAUAAAGUGGGUAUUUUGCAGCAUCCAGAUGGAACAGUCCUCAAACAGCUUCAGCCUCCACCCAGAGGUCCACGAGAGAUGCAGUUUUACAGCAUGGUUUAUGCAGAGGACUGCUGCGAUCCCUGUCUUCUCGAGCUCCAGACUUAUCUGCCCAGAUACUACGGCACCUGGUCCUCUCCUGACAGGCCCAACGACCUGUACCUGAAGCUGGAGGAUGUGACUCGUCACUUCAUCAAACCCUGUAUCAUGGAUGUGAAGCUGGGCCAGCGGAGCUAUGAUCCGUACGCCUCACAGGAGAAACGGGAACAGCAGAUCAGAAAAUACCCGCUGAUGGAGGAGAUCGGGUUCCUGGUGCUUGGCUUGAGGGUGUACAAGGUGUGCACGGACACUUUCGACUCCUAUGAUCAGCAUUAUGGAAGAGGAUUGGUUAAGGACACUCUUAAAGAUGGCUUGUCUAAAUUCUUCCAUAAUGGAGUUAGCCUGAGGAAGGACGCCGUGGCGGCGAGCAUCCGCAGAGUGCAGCGGAUCCUUCGCUGGUUCGAGUCCCAGCACCAGCUGACUUUCUAUGCCAGCUCCCUUCUGUUUGUCUACGAGGGCCUGCCCUCCUCUGUCUCUUCAUCCUCCCUGUCGUCCCUCCUCAGCAGUCCAUCCAUCAGCCCCACUGUGAUGGUAAAAACACCCACGUCUUUGUCAUCAGGUGAAGGCGGCACAGAGCGGAAAGCCCGACAGGGAAAGCUGGGGCAAGGAGAGGAAGUGGCCGAGUACAACAACAACAACAUCCAGGUGGCAGAGCACUGGGACUACAGCCUGGACGCUGUUUAUUCCAAUCGCAGGAAAGGUGAGGACGGUCACAGGGGAGACGGUGGUGCUGUGAGCGCCGUGUCUGGAGACGGCGUCUCAGCACCGGGUGAGGAGGACAACUCUGCAUGGAAACAGUCACGUGAGCUGCAACGACCACCUAAUGGGAACGGAAACAAAUCCCAACUGCAAGAGAAGGAUGUGGACAGAGAGGAGGGCAGGAGGAGCGGGGAGGAGGCGGAGGACCGAGGAGGCGACGAAACAGAGAGCGGCGCAGGAGACGUAGAGGUGGAGGUCAGGAUGAUCGACUUUGCUCAUGUUUUCCCGAGUGAGAGCCAGGAUCACGGCUACAUCUACGGCCUGAAGCGCCUGCUGACGGUGCUGGAGCAGAUCCUGUGUGAUGCAGCGUAGAGCUCGCUCAAAGAAACCCCGCCUCCUGCUGAAACGACAAAGCAUCAUCUCACCUGACUGUGUGUGUGCAGUGGAGGCGACUGGGCAGCUGUGUUCAGCACGACAUGCACUAACCAACCCAUGAAGGCAUUAGGACCUCACACGCCGCGUCUGCAGCUCACUGAUGCUCACACAGGGUCACCUGACCUCAGCGAUCAGUGGUUUGAGUAUCUGAUGCCACGGCCAGUGAAACUGUGACGGCACGUAGUGUAAAAUGAUGGGAAGGUGUCGACCGUACCUCUGAUAACGCUGGCUCUGCGGUGUCUCGCUUUCAGGAGCGAGCUGCAGACCACAGAUCCACCCACCACCUCAGUCCUGAUGUUUCCGGGCAGCUGUGCAGAUGGAGGGAUUUUGUUGUUCCUGGAUUCACAGGGUCAGGAUUGUGGUGACUUCUAUGCAGUCUGUCUGUAAACUACCUAAAGCUCCACUGCUCAUGCUGACACUUCCUGAUCAUCUUAUCAUUCAUAGGGCUUAACUGGAUUCAUUUAUGUUUACAGUGUGGCGUCAGAUUCCUAAACCAGGGCUGGAAAGCAGACGUGAGUCACGGAUGAGGCGGGCCUGCUCCACCGUUGUUGUUCAUACCACUGUCUAAACAUGUCUAACUCAGGUAUUUACUGUAAGAAACAGCUUAAUGUUAGUGCUACCGUGCUCCUCAUCCCGUCUCAGCCAUGGCUUGUUUGAUCUUCGACACGAUCGAGCUCAUCGAUGUCGACCUCGGCUUUGACCUGUCGUCUUUCACUGUGGCUGCUUCUGUCCUCGUAAACGUCGAGCUGCCAUAUCAUCCUUUCAGACGCCCGUCUGCUUUUCUCUACAUUUGGAUUUGUCGUGAUGACUCCAGUGCCAUUGUUCUGUUGUUAGCUUAGGUCAGUGAUUUUAAGUUGAUCAUGUGAGGAAUUCAUUUCUAACUGGGUAACAAUUGGAAAAUCAGCCAUUAUAACUGUGAAGGGAUUGUGUGUGUGUGUGUGUGUGUGUUAGAAGGGACGUGCUGCACUG